AUUUUUUCACCUGUUACAACUGUCAGAUUAAAAAAAAAACUAUUAAAAAAGGUUUUAAGUGUGUUGAGUCGGUUUAAUAUUAAUUUCAUGAAACAACAAUACUAUUGAUGUGAAGUUUUAGUUAUAUUAAACCAAGAUUGAAAAAAUGGAUAAAAGCUUUAUAACGGCACGUGCGGGGUCUUUUAGCGAUAGUUUUAAACAAAAUAACGAUGAUGAUUUUUUUAAGAGCCCUUUACCUUUGAUUAAACUAGACAGUCCAAAUAAUUUUCGAAGAGAAUCUUUAGGCAUCUUACAUGAAGAUUUUGCUAAUGCAAGUUUUUCAGAUUUUGGUAGAGAGUCUAUGGGUUUUUCCAAGCUAAAAACUAUAAGAGAAUCGCUUAUGGGUAAAGAAUCAUUGGGUAUUAUAAAUUUGAAUGAUUUAAGUUUUAAAAAUGAUUUUCCCUCAAUAAAUAUAUCUGAUGUAGGAAAAGGAUCCUUGGGUAUUAUUAAUUUUAAUACGAUUGACCCUGAUAAUGAUAUUUUAUUAAAUACAAGUAAUACAAGUGAUUUUAAAUCUACAGUUUUUGAUAAAGGCUUUCUAAUGCUUCCAACUGAUAGAAUGUCAGUUUUAAGCAGUGUUUCAUCUUCUAACUCUAUAAACCCAUUGUUUGAUGGUCGAAAUUUAGAGGGAAUAUCAAAAAUAUACUCUGUAUCUUCAAUGAUAAACUUAAAUAAUGAAACAAAUCCCUUAAAUGUUGCCUUAAGUGAUACAAAUGAAUUUAUGAAGAACUUGAGCAAUAAUACAGCGGAGGAAAUGAGACAAAGAAUUCAGUCAUUGCCUACACAUUUGGAAGAUGAAAAUAUGAACUCAGAGGAAAAAGAUGUUUUUGAAAGCCCUCACAAAACCCCAGCAAAGUUUUACAGUGCUCAGCCAAAUAGAAAAUCUAAUUUUAUAAGGAGAAAUAGUUUAAAUGGAGUUUUGGAUUUUGAUGAUGAUGAUGUUUUUUAUAAGUCAAUUCAUAUUGAAAGCAGGCAUAUGGCACAAACAAUAGCUGAUGUCUCCAUCUAUCAUAAUGAGCCUUCUCAUGAAAUCAAACUGGAAAACGAACUCCCCCCAGUUUUGGUCCUGGCCAGCCCAGAAAAUUCACCAAAAAAAAACGAUAAACAAAAAAUAUUUGAAACAAAUGAAACCUCAGUCGCAAUACCUUUUGAAGAGCUAAAAUAUCCAACGAAAUGCCGAAACAAUUCCACCGACUCAAACCAAAGCAACCUAAGCAGGAAGAGCAACAAUUCCAAUUCUUCUAAUGCCAAGGAGUUGUUGCAAAAUUUAUCCGACAUUUUAACAUCGCAAAAUCGAAGUCACAACCAGCAAAACGAGGGCAGAAAAUUAUUAUCAAGUUUAGCGGAUAUUUUAACGCAAUCUCCCCACAACAAAAGUUUGGAAGAUUCGGGCCACUCUUCAAUAUGCGACAAUCAAGAUUUGUCUGAUGAAGGCGAUAAACCAUUGAAAAUCAUUAGUAACGAAAGUAAAGAGAAGAGUCCGAUUUUGCCGAAAAAGGCUACACCGAAGAAAGGCAAGGAAAACUCACCUGCUUUAUUCUCAAAACAUGUUUUGCGGAAAAACAGCGACGUUGUUCCGCUCAAGCCAAAACCUUUGAAAAUGGCGGCUGGCCCCGCCAAAAAAGGUCCACUCAAGGCUGUAAUUCCUAUUACUAACAUGGUCAAAAGAAAAACCUUUACAACUCCAAAUAAAUCUCAAUUACAUCCACCCACGAUGAUGCAUAAGAAAACCAGCACUCCUAUUCGUGAGUCCAAUUUAAGACCAAUGGCGCAGUCAACACCAACAGAAAAAAUGUCAGUCAGCCGGCUACCACAAUUAUCACCAAUGCAUAACAGGGUUGCUAGUCUAAACUUUAGUGGAAAACUGGGAUCAGGCGGUUCGACUCCCGAUUUAUCUAAAAGCAAAAGUAGCACGUCCCGUCCGACGUUUUCGAGGCAGAGUUCGUUCACGGACUCGCGCAAAAGUUCGCAGGUGGGCAAGAUACGAAGAUGCAACUCGGUGGGCAAGGAGGUGGGUCUGAUGGGAGCGCUUAGCCAAGUGCGGGAGAAUAUUGCGAAGAGACUGAGCGAGAAUAAUAAUUUGAUGGGCAGCGAGACGCCAAAGAUGCCGUCCUUUAAAGCUAAUUUGGCCUCUAAACUAAAGAGUUCAUUCAGCAUGCCAAGUUAGAACUUGUAAGUAUUGCCCAUUUUAAUUGUGAUAUCCCACGGCUGCUUAAUUCUUUAAGAUAUUCCAAGUUUUUAUAAUUUUAUACUUAUUUAAGAAAAAAAUGUAUUUGUAUUUGUAUUUUAUUAUUUUACUCAUAAGAUAUAUUAAACAUAUUUUCGAUAUAU